GUGAUGUGAUUGAAGUGUACUACGGUGACAAUCGCUUUGGGACAACGACCGACUCUGGCACAGCAACGCUUAAACCUCGUCCGAGAGUCCGGCCGCUGCUGACUUUCUUACCCCUCAAUGCCCAAGAAUCCCACGGGGUGGCUGUGCCAACGCCGUCGGUGCCAGAAGACUUUGAGGAAAAAGCAGCUCUUGGCUCCGGCUCCCAGAUCAAUGGGAACUACCGAAUGUACAGCUCGGUGGGGGACCUGCGCCCACAGGCUCUUGAGGGGGAUGACCUGGAUGAAGACAUCCCUCCACCGCCAUCGGUACCCCCGCCACCCCCUCCAACGGCACCGGCACCUGCGCCACCACCUCCAGCCUCGCCGGUCCCUCCACCACCUGAAACGAUGCCUCCACCACCGCCACCACCUGAAAUGGUGCCGCCGCCUCCUGUUCCCCAGCCAAAAACAGCCGAGAGAGACUCUCCUCCAAAAUCCGAAUCUCUCUCUGCGAAUGACCUGGACCUCCCCCCUCCGGACUACCCGACCUGUGAGGACGACUGGAGGGACGCCAGCAACCUGAGCAGGCUGCGGCACGAGCUCUCGGCCCUCCUGCGCUCCCCUCGGCGGGAGGAGAGGCCCGCCCCCCAACUCUCUGGAUCUGCUGGGAAGGACGCACGGUUACCCGCAGGAGCGGAGAGCGAGAAGAAAGGGGUGCCCAGCAGGCCACCCAGUGCCAAGGGGGGGUCUCCCAUCACGGCACUCCCUGCUUCGGAGAGCAGCCCUGCCACGCAAACCCACAGCGUGAUGAAAAUCAGGAAUGAGCUGGAGGCUGUGCUGUCCCUGAAGAAAGAAGGGAAACCUGCUCUGGGGCUCGACCCACUCCCAGUGCCAGCGGCUGCAGUGGAGAAGGAUGAGAUGGGGCACAAGGACCAUCCCGCUCCUGCUGCUAGCAAGGCUGCAGAGAACUUGACCCCUGCUCCUGGGUCCCUCGACAGCAGCGUGAGCCCCCCAGACCCACCUCAGGGACCGGCAGAGGAGCCCCCU